AUGAUAUCAAUACCUUUUCCAGAAAUCGAAAUAAAAGACGACCAGAACCGAAAAGGCUACACCCUAAACGCUGGUCAUCUAGACCUUCUGUACAAACGAACAGCCAUCACCGCCCUAUUAAAAGCCCGCGCCAAGCAAGAGCUGCAACAUUUGCCAAACACAGAAGCAGUCAUCUACAAACAAUGCGAAAAUGCAGCUGCCACUCCAGUGCAGCUAGCGCAAUGCGUUCGAAAGUUGAUUCGAGAUGGCAGUAGGACCAAAUACAGUGAAAAAUCGACCGAAAAUUGGCUUCAACAAGCAAUUUUGAAUACUGAAACACUUUUUCCUAAUCAAGAUGAAAAGGCUAAAAGACAUGCCAAACCAGUGUUUUCUAGGCCAGUCAGUGCAGCCAAGGCACGACAUGUUAAUCAGCAUAGGUUGAGGAUCAAGUAUCGUGGAGCAAAGAACUUGAAGUAUAAUGGUGAUGAAGCUGAUUUGAAAGCUAAACCGUUCAGACAUAAACGGGCUAUUCAGGCUAGACCGGUAUUUAAGGGUGAGAAAAACUGUUUAAAAAUUUUAAAAAAUUUAAAAAAAAUUUUUUUUUUAAAUUUUGAAAUUUUCAGCCUCCACAUCACCACGAUGUAAAACACCAGACAACAUCUUAAACUUACGAAAAGUUGAAAAGUACUUUGACCUUGGAAACUACUGUAUGAAGUACUUGAAAGAUAUUGGAGCUAUGAACUCAGAGUAAGUUUUUAAUACCCUACCCUACCCUACCCUACCCAACCCUACCCUACCCUACCCUACCCUACCCAACCCUACCCUACCCUACCCUACCCUACCCUACCCUACCCUACCCUACCCUACCCUACCCUACCCUAGCUUUACCUUUUUUUUCAGAUUCUUAGACAACUUCAUGCCAGUAUCCUUCCGUGAGCACAGUGACGCAAAAAACACUCCAAUUGGUCAAUUACGGUCGAUAGUUCAAAAGCUAGACACACAAAGUGUUUCAUUUUUAUCUCCAAAAAUUCUGAAUAUUAUGCCACAACAAAAUGACAAUCCAGCCCAGACUAGAAUAAUGUCUCCAAAUUUGCUCAGUUUUCACGACGAAGGACUGCUGCCAUUGCCUAGGCUAUUGAAGGUAAGUUAAGGAAGAUUUUUGACAUUUUUUGCUUUGUAAAGAAAGUUCUUGUCAUUUUUUGUUUUGUAAAGAAAAUGUUUGCCAUUUUUUGUUUUGUAAAGAAAGUUCUUGCCGUUUUUUGCUUUGUAAAGAAAGUUCUUGUCAUUUUUUGUUUUGUAAAGAAAAUGUUUGCCAUUUUUUGUUUUGUAAAGAAAGUUCUUGCCAUUUUUUGUUUUAUAAAGAAAGUUUUUGCCAUUUUUUGUUUUGUAAAGAAAGUUCUUGCCAUUUUUUGUUUUGUAAAGAAAGUUCUUGCCAUUUUUUGUUUUGUAAAGAAAGUUCUUGCCAUUUUUUGUUUUGUAAAAAAAGUUUUUGCCAUUUUAGGUUUUGUAAAGAAAGUUCUUGCCGUUUUUUGCUUUGUAAAGAAAGUUCUUGCCAUUUUUUUUGGUUUGUAAGGAAAGUUCUUGCCAUUUUUUGGUUUAUAAAGUCUUUUUUUCAAUUUUUUAGAAAUUAAAAGAUUUGUCGUUAAUUUGCAUGUAUUUUGACUGGAAAAAACGACAAGACUUUUUUAGUACUACAUAAUUAAAAAAAAAUCAUUUUAAAGGUUUAAAUUAGGUAAAAAAUGACCUUUUUUAAAACUUUUUUAAUUUAAAAAUUAUUUUUUUUAAUUCAAUAUAAAAUCAAAAUUUUAAAAAUUUUUCAUUUAAGCUUGGCAACUCUGAUGAAUGUGAAACCCAAGAAUGGAUCAACCUUCUGAUGGACGUUAGUGGCGCCAGCAAUAAGCUCAACGAAUUGCUGGAAAAGUUCAACGAUCAUAUGCAGCACGUCUCUACGGAUCUUUUCCCCAAAAUCAAAGAGUUGGAGAGGCAGGAUAAACUAUGGCAUUUGAUGAAAGAGUCCAUCUCAGACGACCAAAAACGACACAUUGAGAGGUUUGGCUAUGCUAAGAUGUCGGCAAAGCAGAUGGAAAUGGUUUAUCGUGAAGAUGGGUUGCAUCCGCCUACAGAGUAUUCAAAGGCGUUGUAUAAUCGUAUGUUGGAUGGGGAGGAUACGCAGCUUAUCGACCAGUUGGUUAUGGAGAUGAGCGAAAUGCCGGCUUUUUCUGAUCCGAGCUUCUUGAAAAAGAAGGAAAAUAGUGUACAAGCGGACUCAGAAGGUCCACAUCUACGUCAAAAUGGCACUUUAAGCCAAAAUGAAGCUAAUCUCAAAAAUGGUACUACUGGUACCGGUGGUACACUUGGUACUAUUGGAAGUGGAUUUGGUCAAAAUAAAGCACCUUUUGCUGCAAAAAAGAGCUUUGGUAGUAUCACUGGUACGACUGGUACCACUGGUACUGUUGGUACUCAAAACAAGACUAGUACUAAUACUAGGCAAAAUCUUCAUGGCACUACAAGUAGACAUCCAAGUUUGAAUAUUAGGCCACAAGAUCAACAUGGUGUUCUAAGAAACUUUACUGGUACGCAUAGUACCUCACAUGGUCUAUACGGUAGAAAUCAAAACCCAAUUGGUACCAUACGGGGCCAGCUUAGUACUAAGCAAAAUUUAAGUAGUACUCUAACAAACCUGUACAAUACAACACAAAAACCGUCUGAUAAUGCGCCAAAUCCUUAUUUACGACCGUCCAGACUAAGUCAAGUACCUCCAGGAGUAAGAAACCGACACCUUUUACCAAGUGUUCUACGUCAACCAGUACCACCUGGGGUACUUAAUAGGUACAAAGCUAUGCAAGAAGACAAAGAAAAAGAUAAUAAGAAAGAAAAAGUAGAUAAGUAUAAAAAAGAAAAUGAACAUAAAGAAGAAAAAUAUGAAAUAGAAGAAGAACAUAAAGAAAUAAAUGAACAUAAAGAAGAAUAUAAUGAUGAAAAACAAAACAAAAAUGAAAAAUCAGCUGAAACCUGGAACUUCCCUGACGAUGAAAACCCCCACCAUGCCCACACCCGUACCAAACGACAAAGCGCAGCCGAAGCCGUAGGCCUAAUGGCACCAUACGCACUAUCCAACCAAGUUGGUCUACCAUCCUUCCUAGGCAAUCUAAUCCUCUCACCCCAUGCCUUUAUCAACGAGCUUUUCAAUCCUCGAUUCCUCGGCUCCGACAUCAUAUCACCAAGAGCUUUUGUAGCUACUACCUUAUCACCAUUUGCCAUGGUAUCACGUGUACUGGCACCGGCCGCGUUUCGUGUUCAAACUUUGAGCCCUCAGGCGUUGACUGCUAUUGUAUUGACUCCUGAAGCUUUUAUCGCUGCCAUUUUGUCACCAAGAGCAUUGGAGGUGAGAGUGCUGUCACCUGAGGUUAUUACUGUUGGGGUGUUGAGUCCGAGUGAGUUUUUUGAAAUUUUGUGGUACUAUAUAGUACUAGCUUAACAUCAGCAUUUUAAUGUUAAAAAUGGCAUUUUAAAGCUUUGUAUUAACUUGAAGUUUAAAAACUUUACUGUUGAAUGAAAUAUAUUACAGUAGACCUACUGCGCCCUUAGCAAAACAAAAAAAUUUUUUUUUGAAAAACAUUUUUAAAUGCUUUUUGUAGAGUAUAAAAAGUUACUGUAUUUUCUAAAUUUUUACGUUUUUACCUUACUUUUUGACCAAGUUAUAUAAACUUAAAAAUGUUGAAAUCUAUCAUUACGUCAUACUGCAAUGACACUCUUACACAUGAAUAUUUAGAAAUAACUCAAGACUACAAAUUAAAACACAACUUUUGCAAAGUCAUUUUGUAAUUACUCUGUAAUUUCAUAAUAUUUACAACCGCAUAACUACGUAGUUGUAUCCAAUUACAUCGUUAUAUUAUAGUAUGUGAACAUGUACUUUUAAACCUCAUGUGAAAAACUUAUUAAAAAGUGUCAUAAAUUUUCAGGUGCUGGCGUAGUUCGUGUUUUGUCACCAGCUGAUUUCAGUUGUUUUGUACUUAGCCCCAACAUUCUUGGCGCCAACUUUUUAAGUCAUGCCACUAUGAAUAUUGAGGUAGGUUGGGUAGAAAAGAUAAGAUAAAGCUCAGCGUAGAAGCUUAAGUCAGGGCAAGAGUUAGGGUGAGAGUAAAAGCUGAAUAGACUAAAGUAAGGCAAGGAAAGUACAAAAGUAAAACAAACAUUGUAACGUGCUUAUGGUAAGGCUUUGGUAGAAAAUUGAUGGAGGCUAAGACGGUUAGAGAAGAUCAAGAGUAGGAAAAGGGGAAAGCAACGAUAGACCAAGAACAAAGCAAAUCUAGGACAAAAGUAUGGCUAGAAAAAAGCAAGAGUAGGAUCAGAGUGUAGGCUUAAGUAAGAACUAGUGUAGAUUAGUACAAGAUACAUAAAGCCAAAGCUUGGCAGAGACUAAAGUACAGACUAAAGACUAAGUGCUACGAUAGGGCCAGAGUAAGACUUAGAAUGAGAGUAGAGCUAGGGUACGGCUAGGGCAAGGCUAGGAUACAAAUAGAGUAAAGCUAUUAUUAGACUAGAGUAGGAGUGAAGUAGAGUUAGUAUAGAGCUAAGGGGAUACUAGGGUAAGUCAGAGUAGAACCAGUUGGCAAAAACUUGCAAAAAUGCACUUUAGUGUUAUAUUGUGAAGCAUCAACAAUCACAUAAAAUGCCAUUUCUAAGCUGUACUCAAGCCUCUGUUACCUUUAUAACAACUAACUAAAAAUAACAGUUUUAUUUGCCUCACAUACCUCAAAAAAGUUAUUAUUGGCCUUUUUUUAUAAUACCCCAUUUCAGGUAUUAUCACCCACAAUAUUGGUGGCUGACGACGGUAUUGGAUAA